AUGACUUUCGUCAAACGAGGAAAGAGCCAUCCGGAUGACAUGGACACGGACGAGGAGAAUGACGAGACGAUUGACCCCGAGCUGAGGCUGCGCACAGUGCGCACGGCUGCGUCUGCAAUUGCAGAGUCCAUUGUCUCGGAAGCGCGCAUGGAGAGGAGGAAGACGAUGAGGAGGAAGAGGAGCUUUUUUCGAAGAGGCAGCGAGAAGAAGAAGCCACCGCCAACGAGUGCGCCUGAGGGGUCACCACCAUCGACAGCAGUCACGGGGACAAGGAGAAAGGUGUACUUCAACACCCCCCUCAGCGCUAUGGAGGUAGACCGCAACGGAGAACCCAAGAUCAGGUAUGUGCGAAACAAGGUUAGGACGAGCAAGUAUACAGCUAUCACAUUCCUUCCGAAGAACCUCUACGAACAAUUUAGACGCGUGGCGAACUUGUACUUUCUGGCUCUCGUCGUGGUUCAAGUGUUCCCAAUCUUCGGCGCGGCAUCCGCCCAGACGUCCAUGCUCCCGCUCGUGUUCAUUCUGACCGUCACAGCCAUCAAGGAUGGCGUGGAAGAUUAUCGGCGCGCUAUUCAAGAUGACAUGGUCAAUAAUUCAGCCGCUACGAAGCUCGCGGGCGCCUUCCACAACGUCAACCAACCCACUGACCCACGCUCGUGGAUAGAGAAAAUUCUCGGACUCAACAAGCCGGGCAGCGUCAGCAAGGGGGUGAGGAAGCUAAGAGAACGUGAGGCGAGUGAAGCAGGGCUUGGCGUCAGGGGCUUGGCGGUUCCACCUCGAAGCGGUGCCUAUGACUCUGAGAGCGUCCUUGGUGCAAACAGCUUGGACUACCAUGCUCGAGGGGCCGGCGGCAGGCGGCUGGAGGACAUACAAAGCGUCGAUUCUCACAGUUAUCCUCCCGAUCUGUCCAAAGUUUCACUCUCUUCCAGUUCCACGCAGCUGAUGAAGCCGUCAUCAGAGUUCGGUCAAGUCGCCCCCCCUCUUCCCAGCAUGAGUCUCGACUCCUUCCAACAGUCUACAAUGUCUCAGUCUACUCUUGGAGUUAGCGUUGUGGAUUGGCGCAAGCGAUCGAACGGUUCAGUACACUGGGAUCGGACACUCUGGAAGAAACUGGAAGUUGGCGACGUCGUUCUCUUACGCGACAAUGACCAGGUACCAGCGGACAUCAUCGUACUGGCAACGAGCGACCCGGACGGCAUGUGCUAUCUCGAGACCAAGAACUUGGACGGCGAGACAAAUCUCAAAGCUCGAAAAGCAUUGAAAGCCACUACAGGCAUUGCCAGUGAAGAGGACCUCGAACGCAGCGCCUUCGUACUUGAUUCAGAACCGCCACAUCAAAACCUUUACGUGUAUAAUGGGGUUCUGCGAUUCAAUGAUCCUUCAUCGCCGGACAAGGAGCCUAAGCAAGAACCUGUGUCCAUCAAUGAAAUGCUUCUUCGGGGAUGCGCUCUUAGGAAUACUCAAUGGGUGAUUGGCUUGGUCGUUUUCACUGGUGCUGAUACGAAGAUCAUGAUGAACGGUGGCGACACUCCGUCCAAGCGUAGCAAGAUCGAGAAGGAGACAAACUUCAACGUCGUGGUCAAUUUCAUCGCACUCAUUUGCAUGUGUCUGAUUGCUGGCACCGUUUCUGGUAUCCAAGAGGAUAGAGACAAUACGAGCGCCGAUAUCUUUGAAGAUGGGGUUCAGCCGACAGAUUCUACCGUUAUCAACUCAAUCAUUACUUUCGUGUCAUGUCUCAUCGCCUUCCAGAACAUUGUCCCCGUCUCGCUCUACAUUUCCGUCGAAAUCGUCAAGACCAUACAGGCGUACUUCAUAUCUCAAGAUAUCGAUAUGUAUUACCCUCCACUUAGCACAGCCUGCGUACCCAAGACGUGGAAUAUUUCGGACGAUCUUGGUCAAAUCGAGUACAUCUUCUCCGACAAGACUGGUACCCUCACGCAGAAUGUCAUGGAGUUCCAGAAAUGUUCGGUUCACGGUGUGGCUUAUGGCGAGGGUGUCACCGAAGCACAGCGAGGUGCGGCGACGCGCGACGGUAAGGCGGAUGCGAUGGACCCGGAGGAAUUGAAUGCGAAGCUCGACGCUCUCAAAUCCCAAAUGACGAACACGAUGGAACGCGCCUUCAAGAAUCGCUACGUCCAACUCGACAAACUUGCGCUGAUCUCACCCAAGCUCGCUGAAGAUCUCGCAGACCGGUCCUCAGAGCAGCGCGCGCAUCUGAUAGCCUUCUUCCGGGCGCUCGCGUUGUGCCACAGUGUCCUGUCCGACAAACCCGACCCGCAGAAUGACCCUUAUCAUCUUGACUACAAGGCCGAGAGUCCCGAUGAGGCCGCUUUGGUCGCUGCGGCGAGGGACGUUGGGUUCCCAUUCAUCGGUAAAUCGAAGGAUACGCUGGACAUUGAAGUCAUGGGUCAGUCGGAGAGGUACACGCUGUUGCGGACACUCGAAUUCAACUCGACGAGGAAACGGAUGAGCGUUAUCUUGCGUUGUCCGGACGGCAGGUUGAUCUUAUACUGCAAGGGUGCCGAUAGCGUCAUUUAUGCACGUCUCGCCGACGAUCAUGACCCAAAGCUCAAAGAUCAGACUAACCGCGACAUGGAAUCGUUCGCUAAUAAUGGCCUACGGACGUUAUGCAUAGCCUACCGAUGGUUGACUGAGGACGAAUACUUGCUAUGGGGCCGGACAUACGACGCUGCGGUCAAUGCCACCGAGAAUCGAGACGAACUGCUUGAGCAGGCAAACGAGCAGAUCGAACAUUCGCUUCGGAUUUUGGGUGCUACUGCUUUAGAGGACAAACUUCAAGAGGGAGUUCCGGACGCGAUCGAACUGCUCCACAAGGCCGGCAUCAAGUUAUGGAUUCUCACUGGUGACAAAGUGCAGACGGCGAUCGAAAUCGGAUACAGCUGCAACCUACUAAAGAGCGACAUGGAAGUCAUGAUUCUAUCCGCCGACUCUCAUGAACAAGCCCGUUCGCAAAUCGAAGCCGGAUUGAACAAGAUAGCCUCUAUCCUCGGACCGCCUAGUUGGGACCCUCGCAAACGCGGUUUCUUGCCCAACGCCAAGGCCUCGUUUGCUGUUGUCAUUGAUGGCGACACCCUGCGACACGCGCUCAGUGACGACUUGAAGCCCAUGUUCCUCAACCUUGGUACACAGUGCGAGACGGUUGUCUGCUGUCGUGUCUCACCAGCUCAGAAGGCAUUGACCGUCAAACUGGUCAAGGAGGGCCGCAAUGCUAUGACUCUUUCGAUCGGCGACGGCGCGAACGACGUGGCUAUGAUCCAGGAGGCCAACAUUGGUUGUGGGCUUUUCGGUCUCGAGGGCUCUCAAGCUGCUAUGUCCGCAGAUUAUGCAUUCGGCCAGUUCAGAUAUCUCACGAAGCUACUUCUCGUGCAUGGUCGAUGGUCGUAUCAACGUAUUUCGGAAAUGCACGGCAACUUCUUCUACAAGAACGUCGUUUGGACUUUCGCGCUAUUUUGGUAUCUUCCAUUCAAUAACUUCGAUGCCACUUAUCUGUAUCAGAUAACGUUCAUCCUCCUGUACAAUGUCGUGUUCACGUCUCUUCCUGUUAUCGUUCUCGGUGCCUUCGACCAAGAUAUCAAUGCUAAAGCCGCACUGGCCUUCCCACAGCUCUACGUUCGUGGCAUACGGGGCCUUGAAUACACCCGUGCCAAGUUCUGGAUGUACAUGUUGGACGGACUGUAUCAGUCAACGAUCGUUUUCUUCUUCCCCUACUUCGUCUGGUCCCUCGGUCUGGCUAUCUCGUGGAAUGGAAAGGGCAUCGACUCUCUCGCGGACUUCGGUACUACCGUCGCUGUCGCUGCUAUAUUCGCAGCCAAUGUGUACGUGGGAAUGAAUACGAACUACUGGACUUUCAUCACCUGGAUCGUGGUCAUCGGAUCAUCCGUGGUCAUGCUGCUGUGGAUCGCCAUCUACUCAUUCUUCUACAGCUUUGAUUUCAUUGAUGAAGUCAUCGUGCUUUUCGGUGGUGUAACUUUCUGGGCGGUUGUUUUCAUCUCCGUCGUUGUUGCUCUUGCCCCGCGCUUCCUUUACAAGUUCAUAGCUCAAGUCUAUUUCCCGCUUGACAGAGAUAUCAUACGCGAAGCGUGGGUCAUGGGCGACCUCAAGGAUCAAUUAGGAAUACGCCACCGAAAUCCCAAGAAGAACACGAAUCUCGGCGAUCCUGAAUCUGUACCCAUGUACAGCGCCGGCCAUGGUCGUUCGUUUUCCGAGCUGUCUGUAAACAACACUUAUGAACCCACGAUUCCCGCCUCAGGUCCUCAAACGAGUCCUCUAGUGCGGGAAGUACAUCCAAUUCAGGCGGACAUGUAUUUCUCUCCAACAUCCAGUCCUAAUCCGCGCCAUAGCCUAGUACCCGACGCCGCUAGGAAUGUGUCGCCCGCUCAUAUUCAUGAUACCCGCAACGAUGUCACCUCUCGCUCCUCAUAUUACUCAGUAUCCGAACUCCCACCAGCGUCACCGCUACCCUCACCUAGAUAUCGAUACCCCUCAGGAGAAGUUACCAACACGCCCCCGCCACGAAGAACAUCGACAGCCACGCGUACAUCAGUGCAUUCGCGGACACUGUCACCUGCUGCGCCACAACCUAGACCACUUCAACCGUCACCUCAGGGGGGACUGGUCAGGCGGCUGAGCGGCGCUAACACCGACGGACAAGUGAGUCCAGGAGCGUACGAGAUGCGAGUCCGCAGUCCGCCGCAGGAGUCCUAUGGCCAUCUCGGUCAUCAGGGAGAGCGGUCAGCGACCGAUGCUUCGUACGCCACUGCCCAGGAUGACUUCGAAGUUGUCGACGACACUUUCGACCCUCCAAUACGGGGUCAGUCGCCGUAUGGGUAUGCUCGUCAGCAAUCACAACAUCAGCAUCAGCUGUAUCCUGAAGAACAAAAUCCACCAGGUAGCCGGCGAGCCAGUGGCCAGUCAUGGCAGGGUGGUGUCGCGAUGUAA